GUUCUAACGAACAGAGCAGCAUUUAAACUUGCAGCUAGCUAGUCGACGCUGUUGUUAAACGAAGAGCAAAUAACAGCGGGGAAACACAUUUAUCAUUAUUAUUUUUUUGCCACUACUAUUAAAUUAUAUUUAGUCAAAUCUAUCGGUUCUUGGGCAAUCGUGUACGCUACACGUUCACGGCUUAUUUUAAGCAAAACAGUUUGUUGACUUUGGGGCACUGAAUGGUUGGGUUUUGAUUUGAAUUCAGUGGUUUGCUCGAAGGUGGAUGGUAGUGAGAGCACGUUUACAUCAAUAUGAGUGCACCGGUAGCCAAGGCGGCGAAUCCGUCGACGCAUGUUGACCCCAAAUCGGCACCUCUCAAAGAGAUCCCAGAUAUCCUUGUGGAUCCCCGGACAAUGAAAAGGUACACUCGGGGAAGAUUUCUCGGUAAGGGAGGGUUCGCCAAAUGCUACGAAAUCACAGACAUGGACACCAAAGAGGUUUUCGCCGGUAAAGUCGUCCCCAAAUCCAUGAUUCUCAAGCCUCACCAGCGGGAGAAGAUGACUUCCGAAAUCGCCAUUCACAAGAGUCUCGACAACCCGCACAUCGUGGGAUUUCACGGCUUUUUCGAGGACGACGACUUCGUUUAUGUGGUUUUGGAAAUCUGCAGGCGAAGGUCUCUGUUGGAGCUGCAUAAGCGUCGGAAGGCGGUGACCGAGCCAGAGGCCCGCUACUACAUGAUGCAGCUGGUUAAAGGCUGCCAGUACCUCCACAACAACAGAGUGAUACACAGAGACCUGAAACUAGGAAACAUCUUCCUCAGUGAUGACAUGGAUGUCAAGAUAGGUGACUUUGGCCUGGCCACUAAGAUAGAGUUUGACGGCGAGCGUAAGAAGACUCUGUGUGGAACGCCUAACUACAUCGCCCCGGAGGUUCUCUGUAAGAAAGGACACAGCUUCGAGGUCGACGUCUGGUCUCUGGGGUGUAUCCUGUACACUCUGCUGGUUGGUAAACCUCCAUUUGAGACGUCUUGUCUGAAGGAGACCUACAACCGUAUCAAAAAGAACAACUACACAAUCCCCUGGCAAAUCAACCCAGUGGCAGCGUCUCUAAUCAAGCGGAUGCUCCAUGCCGACCCGGCCCAGCGUCCCACCGUCUCCCAGCUGCAAACUGAUGAGUUCUUCACGGGGGGGUACAUCCCCCUGCGCCUCCCCACCACCUGCCUCACCGUGCCCCCACGCUUCUCCAUCGCCCCCUCGUCUCUGGAGCCCAGCCAGAGACGCCCACUCACCGCUCUCAACAACCAAGCAGGGACAGAGAAUGUGGAACAGAAAGAUGAGCCACUGCACCGAGAGAUUCCAGAGGCCACAGAUUGCCACCUGAGUGACAUGCUGCAGCAACUCAACACCUGCAACGCUGCCAAGCCCUCCGAGAGAGGACUCAUACGAAUGGAGGAGGCAGAGGACCCAGCCUGUGUCCCCAUCUUCUGGAUCAGCAAGUGGGUCGACUACAGCGACAAAUACGGACUGGGCUACCAGCUGUGUGACAACAGCGUCGGGGUGUUGUUUAACGACUGUACCAGGAUGAUCAUGUACGCUGACGGAGACAGUCUUCAGUACAUCGACAAGAUGGCUGCUGAGAGCUACCUCAGCGUCCGCUCCUACCCAGCUACGCUAUCCAAGAAGAUCACGUUGUUGAAGUACUUCCGUAACUACAUGUCGGAGCACCUUCUGAAGGCGGGCGCCAACAUCACGCCUCGUGACGGAGACGAGCUGGCCCGCCUGCCCUACCUCAGCCACUGGUUCAGAACCAAGUCAGCCAUCGUCCUCCACCUCACCAACGGCACCGUGCAGAUCAACUUCUUCCAGGACCACACCAAGUUGAUCCUGUGUCCUCUGAUGGGUGCGGUGUCCUUCAUCGACGAGAAGAGAGAGUUCCGGACCUAUAAGAUGUCUCUGAUUGAGGAGUUUGGCUGCUGUAAGGAGCUGGCCAGCAGGAUGCGAUACGCUCGGCUGAUGGUGGAGAAACUGCUGGCCUGCAAGUCCUCCACGCCCCGCUAACCAACCAGCCUCCUCUCUGGCCCGCAGCCUAUCACAGCACACAGGUGGAGGCAGGCUGUUUAUCCACUUCCCCGCUGUCUGCUGGCCAAUCAGAGUGCUGGAUGGGGGGGGUGUUCAGGUUGUUGUGAUGUCAGGCCGCUGGAUCUACCGACGGUCUCUGUAAUGUUGAAACGCCGUCUUAUUGUAGUCACACAGGUGAUCAGUCUCACCCUGCCUGUCUGUCUCUCACCCCGUCUGCCUGUCUGUCUCUCACCCUGUCUGUCUGUCUCUCACCCCGUCU